UUCACCGGAAGUGGUGAAAAUCUUUCAGCUGUCAUGGCUGAAAAGAGGAAAUUUUGGGGGCUGCCACUGCUGUUUUUAUUAAAAGCUGUUGCUCUGCUACAUUUAUUCAUUUGUCCGUUCACCAAAGUUGAAGAGAGCUUUAAUUUACAAGCAGCGCACGACAUUCUGUAUCACAGACUUAACUUUGACAAGUAUGACCACCAUGAGUUCCCUGGCGUGGUGCCACGGACAUUCCUCGGCCCUCUGUUUCUGUCCAUGCUCUGCUCUCCUGUUGUGUUUUUGUCCUCUCUGCUGGAUGCACCAAAGUUCUACACACAGCUGACAGUCCGAGCGUCGUUGGGGUUGUGUGUUAUUGGGGCACUAUGGUACAUGCAGAGAGAGGUGAGGAAGCAGUUCGGCUCUACAGUUGCGGGGCUCUUCUGUCUGACAUGUGCUUCCCAGUUUCACUUAAUGUUCUACAGCACCAGGACGCUCCCUAAUGUAUUUGCGCUGCCAAUAGUUCUGGUAGCGUUCACGUCUUGGAUGGCUCAGAAAUACGGCUGCUUCAUUAGCCUCUCUGCAUUAGUCAUCAUUGUGUUCCGGUCAGAGCUCUGCAUCUUCUUGGGUCUCAUGUUAUUGAUAUCACUGCUGAGCAGGAAGCUGGGACUGCUGCAACUACUUUACUAUGCUGUUCCUGCUGGGAUCUUCUCAUUGGCUUUGACAGUGGUCAUCGACACUGUCUUUUGGAGGAAGCUUUUGUGGCCUGAGGGUCAGGUUUUGUGGUACAACACUAUUCUCAACAAAAGCUCCAACUGGGGAACCUCACCCUUUCUUUGGUACUUUUACUCUGCUGUGCCUCGUGCCCUGGGCUGCACGCUGCUCUUCAUCCCCCUCGGCCUCCUUGAUAGGCGGAUGAGGCUGCUUCUGCUACCCACCGUGGGUUUCAUUCUCAUCUACUCGCUGCUGCCCCACAAAGAGUUGCGCUUCAUUAUUUACACCUUCCCUGUGUUCAGCUUGGUGGCCGCCCGAGGCUGUUCUUUCAUUUUGUGCAACUAUCAGAAAUCCUGGAUGUAUAAACUGGGCUCUGCGGUUGUGGUCGGCCAGCUGUUGAUCAAUGCAGUGUACUCCAGUAUUUGCCUCUACGUUUCCCACCACAACUACCCAGGGGGCCGAGGAAUGCAGGAACUACACAGGCUGUUGCCAGUUACAGCAGAUGUCUUUGUUCAUAUUGACACUUACGCUGCUGAAACUGGAGUUUCUCGCUUCUUGGAGCAGAACAGGAAUUGGAGAUAUGACAAACGUGAGGACCUGAGCAUCACAGAUCCUGAGAUCAAAAUGUACACACACCUACUCAUGGUGGCUAAUGUCACCAAGAUACGGCUACUGCAGGACACUCACCAGCCUCUGGCCUUCGUAGAAGGUUACAGCAAUAUUGGCUUCAACAUGUUUCACUUCCCUCCUUUCAGUGUGCGAUUAGAGAGAAAAACUGUGCUGAUGGAGAGAAAGACUGCAACUGGACAACCAAAAGAGUGACUUUAAUAGGAAUUACGUGUUGGAUGAAGGAGUUAAUUUUUAGGGUCCAAAACAUGUGUUCUCAGUGGUUACACUGGAAUCUUAUGGGUAUUAUUCCAUGUGUGAAAAGAGAAACACACGAAUCAUCUGUCACAUCUGACUUCAAGUUGCAUGGAGCCAUCAUGAAUCUUUUUCUCUGUUAAAAAGGUUCUCUCUCUCACGCGAAUGUGUAAUGUGUUACAUUUCCCUUGAAAAUCAAGCGAAAAAUGAAAUGUCUUCUUGCAGACAGGUAAACUAUUUCAUCUUCUUCAGAUAGUUUUGUAUUUUUCCUUUACCUCAGGGUAGGAUUUUGUAUUUUGUAGAAACAUGUUAUAGAUGAAUAAAGCUGUAACUGAGUGAAAGAAACCAGA